GUCACGGGCGGCGGCCAUUACACAGCGCGUUUAGGAGGAAGGUCGGAAGCGCGACGAGUCAACAGAAAAUUCGUUAACGACAGAUAGCGGAUACCGUCCAAAGACAGAAAUCAGUUACCGUCAACCCUAGAUAUAAAACCACCGGUGACACGCAUUAGGUGUUUAAUGAGCUGAUAGCCGAGUCGAACAGCAGUGUUUGGUGCUCGUGCGUCGGCCCGCGCGUGAGUGUGGCAGUGUUCAGUGCGCGCGCACUCACUGCUGAUUCGGUCACCGCAGAAUCCGUGAGAAACACCGCAGAAUGGAUGAUAAAACCUUCACGAAAGAGUUAGACCAAUGGGUCGAGCAGCUGAACGAGUGCAAACAGCUGAGCGAGAACCAAGUGCGAACCCUCUGCGAGAAGGCUAAGGAGAUUCUCACGAAGGAGUCGAAUGUGCAGGAGGUGCGCUGCCCCGUCACAGUGUGUGGAGAUGUGCACGGCCAGUUUCACGACCUCAUGGAGCUCUUCAGAAUCGGUGGGAAGUCACCUGACACCAACUACCUGUUCAUGGGCGACUAUGUAGACCGAGGAUAUUACUCAGUGGAAACCGUCUCACUGCUUGUUGCACUAAAGGUUCGCUAUCCAGAACGCAUCACGAUAUUGCGAGGAAACCACGAGAGCAGGCAGAUAACACAGGUGUACGGUUUCUAUGACGAGUGCUUGAGGAAAUACGGCAAUGCAAACGUCUGGAAGUAUUUCACAGACCUCUUUGACUACCUCCCCCUCACAGCCCUGGUGGAUGGGCAGAUCUUCUGCCUACACGGUGGUCUCUCUCCAUCCAUAGACACGCUGGAUCACAUUCGUGCGCUGGAUCGUCUGCAGGAGGUGCCGCAUGAGGGCCCCAUGUGUGACCUGCUGUGGUCGGACCCUGAUGAUCGUGGUGGCUGGGGAAUCUCUCCUCGAGGAGCGGGAUACACCUUUGGACAGGACAUUUCUGAGACCUUCAACCACGCUAACGGCCUGACGCUGGUGUCCCGCGCACAUCAGCUGGUCAUGGAGGGGUACAACUGGUGUCAUGAUAGGAACGUCGUCACCAUCUUCAGCGCGCCGAACUACUGCUAUCGCUGCGGGAACCAGGCAGCCAUUAUGGAGCUGGACGAUACUCUUAAAUAUUCAUUUCUUCAGUUUGACCCCGCUCCUCGACGCGGAGAGCCCCACGUCACCCGCCGCACCCCCGACUACUUCCUAUAAGCCAGCGCAACACCAAACAUUAGGACAAUUCCAGACACGCAUACAUCUAUUGUGUAUAUAAACAGGGGAGAUGUUCUGACGCAACACUAACACGGACCAAAAUGUGCCAUACAAGCAUUUAAUGCCCAAAUCCGAUCGCUCUGUCUCAGUACUGCUACAAAGUGUCUCGUUUUAGCAUAUAGUGCAAAUUGCCUGCUGUAUACAA